AUGUUGUUUUCCAUCCCGAGUAUGAAAUUGACGGCCCUGGCCUGUUUGGCUGCAGCAGUUUUGGGCGCGCCGACGAAGGAUGAUAGUUCCAAAGACGUUUUCUCGUCGUCAAACUGGCCAUAUCCUGCUAAGAUCUUCGGAGAUACCGAUGGCUGGGGUACUGUGCACAUUCAUGAUCCUAGUGUCGUGAAGCACGACGGGUGGUACUACUCCUUCGGGACCCAUCUUCGCGUCACGAUUGCCCGCUCUCCAACUCUUUACGGGCCCUGGAAGCACCUCGGGAGUGUCCUUGAUGCUGGCCAGAGCAUCAUUGAGCUCCCAGGCCGUGACGACAUCUGGGCUCCCGAUGUCAUCAAAGUUGGAGACACCUUCCAUUGCUACUACUCCGUCUCUACCUUCGGCGCGCAAAACUCCGCCAUUGGUCUCGCGACCUCCAAGACGCUCCUUCCAGGCUCAUGGACCGACCAUGGUGAAGUAGUCCGCUCCUAUGACCUCGACGACUACCCCAACGCGACUGAGCCCUGGACUAUCACAAACGCCAUUGACCCGGCUGUCCUCUUUGACGCCAAGACCGGAAAGCCGUACAUGUCGUACGGUUCCUUCUGGACUAACAUCUGGGGAUUCCCAUUGAACAAGGCGAUGGAUGGGAUUGAGGAGGGCGCGGUGCCAAAGCACCUUGCGUAUGAUCCUGUAUCGCCGAAUCCGGUCGAGGGGCCGUUUAUCCAUUAUGCGAGCAAGACGGGUUACUAUUACUUGUUUGUCAGUCACGGGUACUGCUGUGGGUAUAAUGCUAGUAUGCCUGCUGCUGGAGAGGAAUACAAGAUUAAAGUCGGGCGCUCAAAGACCAUCGACGGACCCUUUUUGGACCGCAAUGGCACGGACAUGGUUAAUGGCGGUGGCGACGUUAUCCUCGGCAGCCACGGCUGGUUGUAUGGACCUGGUGGACAGGGUGUUCUCGUUGAUGGCAAGAAGGAUAUUCUCUACUAUCACUAUGUUGAUAACAGGGUCAGCUAUAUCGAUGAGGACAAGUACUUGGGGUGGAACGAGAUCAAGUACUCCAAGGGAUGGCCGUACCUGGUUUAA